AUGAACAAUUCCACCGAAGGAUACAGGUUUCUGCCGGCUGCAUUUCCGUUCCCCAAAGAAAAGCACAGGAGGCCCAUAUUUGAGCUCAGCUUCGAAGAUUACAUCGCUACGACCAAUGGUCUCUUCAACUUCCUAGAGAUCGUGGGCGGUAUCGUGCUGAACGUGUUGGUGGGCAAGAACUCGGGCGGCGGCGACUCGAAGACGCUGCGCUGGCUUUCUGGCACGGGCUACACCUUCAGCUUCAACGGCAUCUUCAUGAUGGUCACCAGCUUGCUGAGCUCCGACUCUGCUGCCUACCUGCCGGUGCUCUUCUACUACGUCCUGUUCCAGGCGACGGGCGCCGCCAGCUACAUCGUCAGCGGCCUCAUGUUGGCCCGGCAGAACCACGAAGUGUCAGUAGUAGUCGUUAUGGGUCUCUGCUCUGGUGGCAUGCACGCCUUCCACUUCGCGUACUCCUGCUACAAGAACUACAUCGAGGACGACAGCAAGAAGUGGUGGAAUAAAAAAAUAGUGGUAAACUAAGUUAACCACGUGUAUCGCAUCGACGUCCAUGAAGUA